GUUAUAGAGACAACUCGGACAUCUCAUUUUUUAUGUGGAAAUCCCCGUUUUAUUUUUAGAAAUCACCGAGAGUAAAAUACAGAAAGCCAGAGAAGUUUCAGUUAAUGUCAACACGGCUUCUAAUCUCAUGAUACUGAUAGAUCUGGUGGACACUGAUAUUUAAACAACCGCUUUCAAACCUGACCAUCAUGUCUAACAGACCAACUGGAUUUACAGAAAGACAAUUCCAACCACGUUUUGCUCAAACACAAAGUGAAAAUUAUGCUUCAAUUCCAGACCAAGGUACACAGAGAAAUGAUCUAUGCCAUGGUGAAUAAAUUGAAUUACAGAAUUAAUUUCAAAUCAUUAGCUCAAUAAGAUACAGAACAGUAGGCAAUGGACAGACUAGAUGGUUGGGUUACUCUCUCAGAUAUUGGGGCAAUGGACAGACUAGAUGGUUGGGUUACUCUCUCAGAUAUUGGGGCUGAUGACGAUGAAGGCCAUGUUGGAAAAGGAGCUGAAAACAAACAGAACAGUUGGUUGGAGGUAGCAAAAUGUGAUAAUGACAGCUGUCAAAACGACUACAGACAGACGCCAGAUGAAAAUGUAAGAGCUGAAAAUAGGCCUGAUGCAUGGUACGAACCUUCUGUAAAUAGACAGAACAGUCCUGAAGACAACAAACAAAAUUUCCGUCCACCAGAAAGAAAUUGUAUAAAUGAUAUUAAAGGUAUAAAUGGUGUAACUCAGAAUAUUCCAGUUUCAGUUCCUCCAAAUAACACAGAAAAUACCGGCAGUAAACUAGUGAAACAUUGUUUUCAAGAAACUUUGGAUUAUUUAAACGAUCAACUCCUUCUUUGUUAUGAUAAAAAUUGGAAAUGUAUUGCAUCCCGACAUGGUUGGACAUUUGAAAGAAUUUCACAAUUUCAUUACAAACAUCGUGGUUCAGAGUUUAAAGAGUUAAUGUUAACUGCAGACUUUUGUAACUACACUGUCAAAGAGUUAUUGGGUGAUUUGAAAGAUUUAAAAAGAAUAGACUUGUUAAACAAUUAUCCUGUAAAAUGGAAUUAAAUGCUUCAGAUGGGACGCAGAAAAAUAUGUUAUCAAUUAAUAACAUUUUGAUUAUCAAGAGAACAUUUAUUUUUAAAGACCAAUGUAGCAGAAUUUCUUCACCUUGGCCUUUACUAGGGCAUAAAGCAUGUAGAAAAUUUAGUUCUCAUUUUUCCAGUUAUUAUCUGUUAUAACAUUUUAUAUACAUGGUCCUAUAGCUUUAAGUACUGUGAUUGAACAGAUGAUAUUUACUAUUCAAUGUUAAAAGCAAUCAGUCAAUAUUAUACAGAAGAAAUUUAUUCUAAGAUGUUAUUUUUAAGAUUUUUAUACACAUAAACUUGCAAUAUUGUACAUAAUAUAUUUUUCAGUUGUAAAUUUCUAUAUCGCUUCUGUAUUUCUAUACAAUUGAUGUAUUGAGCACUAUUUUAACAGUUAUACUUCUAUAUCGCUCUACAAUUGAUGUAUUGAGCACUUUUUUAACAGUGGUAUUUCUAUAUCACUCUAUAAUUGAUGUAUUGAGUACUAUUUUAGCAUAUUUUGUGAUCAGUGAGGUCAUGAAACACUAUAUUUUAGUGAAAUUGCCAGAGCCACAGACAAAUUGGUGCUAUCAGUGUCCCCAAUACACAUAGUUAUAGAAAACCUUUUAAAAACUCUUUAAUCAUAUUAUUUAUUUUGUUCUGUCUGAAUUAUUGCUUUUAUCAAAACUUUGUAUUUUUGACAGUUCCCUCUGUCAGGGAUGUAGGUAAAAGGGGCUGACAAAGAAAAAGCGUCUAGUCGUUCGGAAGGGACAAUAAACCGAGGCCCCCCGGUGCUACAGUCUGCGCAGGUUAGAUACAUAACAAUAGGAUCAUAAAGAGUUGGAAUUGAAAAGAGACAGACUGAUGCCUCAUUGCUCACUGCAUAGCAUUGCCAGUCUUUAUUAUCCUGGGGUGAAGAAAGUAAGACAUAACACUCCUUUCAUUUCACUUCAUCAGAGAAUAAAAUUAAAACAUUUGAUUAAAAUUUCCCCAUCUCAUACUGCAUGGCAUAGUCUAUCAUCAUUAGCCCAACAACAAAAUGGAGAGUAAAACUCCAUUCAUUUCCCUUUAAGUCAGACACUGCAACUUGAGUGGCUAAGCACAUUUCUUGGGGUUGCGGACACCUCAGAAUUGUCAGAAAUGCAACCCUCCAAGGUUCUUGUUUCCAAAAAUUUUAGACUCAUUGUUUCGCAACUUUGACUUUUUGCAGUGCCGAACUACACCAUCGUCACCAUCCCCCGGAAACAAUUCAUUUCUGGCGACGGGACUGAUUGUAACACUUGUCUCUGAGAAACAGGUGUAACCAUCACAUUGAACAUUAAUGUAAUAAAAAUGAUAACAUGUAUUACAAUAAAAAUGAGUUAAUCUUUAUUUUUUAAUUUGAAGGGUCUCUGGUUUCUGGAAUGGAAUCGCUACAUGAAGAAGGUUGGGAACCUCCGAUAUAAAGAGAUAAAAACAUAAAAUUGAUUAUUAUUAUGAAAAUAUUAAUAGAAAUAGCUUAAGUUAUAAUGUACCAAAUCAAACACUGCAAAAAUAAUUUGUUUACUACUUUUGUAUGGAAGCUUAAAAUUAUUCUAUUGUUUCACUAAGCUCUGUAAUGUAUCUGGAAUAUCCUGACCAAAAAUUAUACAAAUAUAUUCAUUUAUAAACGAUUGACAACGUUUUUACUUUAACAAAAUAAAGUUGACUUUGGUUAUUUAAAAUUUGAUUACAAAGUGCACCGCCUCAAGAUUUUUUAUUCAUAAUUCAGGCUAAAGAAAGUCAAGUCAAGGUUUAAAAUCAGUUUGCCGACCUCGGAGAAACUUGAAAGAAUGUGAUCCAAUCCCCUGAUUGCCAUAUCAGUUGUCUGAUUUAGUCCUAUCCUCUUGAAACUGAUGUAAAGUUGAAACUUCUGACAAAAACCCGCCAUUUUG